AUGGGUGCAAGCGCAGAUACCGAUGAAAUUGUAUCGGGCCACGUGUUAGAGAUUCUUCUCAACAAGCUACAGAACAUGCAGCACAAGUUCCUGGAACUACAGUACGAGCUGCACGAGCAGCGAGAAGCGAUGGUCCACUAUCAAGCGACACAAGAGAGGACGUCCGCUGAUUUGCUGUGGGCUAUGCAACGCCUCGAUAAGCGGCUAAAUCUGCUGGAACAAGACAUCGGACGCAAUCUGAGCGUUGUUCAGGAUCGUUCGGUUCAGAUCCUGUCCCAGCAGACCGCCUGUGCCAAUCGUGAUAAGCUGCGAGAUAAGCUGUUCGAUUACACCCCAGCACUGUCACCAGAUUGUCGCACACCAGCAAGCCCCAAGACUGCACCACUUGCUCCCCAUUUGUCGUGCAAGGAUGUACGAUCGAAUGUUUCGGGGACGUAUCUCAUCCGUGUUAGCAGUGAAAGCGAACCAUUCGCCGUGUACUGUGAACAGCAGCAGUUUGAUGGUGGAUGGCUUGUGAUUCAGUACCGUUAUGAUGGAUCGUUAGACUUUAAUCGCAAUUGGACCGAGUAUAGGAACGGUUUCGGUGAUAUUAAGAAGGAGUUCUGGAUCGGUCUCGAACGCUUGCACCAGCUAACGACCGCAUCUUCCGGGCAGUGGGAGCUGAUUGUAGAAUUGAAGAGCUUCAGCGGAAUGUACAAGUAUGCUCGGUACAACGGGUUCAAGAUUGGCGGUGAAAGCGAACAGUACAGGCUGAAAACCCUUGGAAAGUACAGUGGAACCGCUGGUGACUCAAUGGCGAACCACAGGGGGAUGAAGUUCUCGACCACGGAUCAGGAUAACGACGAUUCUACCCUACACUGUGCUGAAAAGUGGGAAAGUGCCUGGUGGUACAAUGGGUGUUAUCAUGCCAAUUUGAACGGACGGUAUCUUAACGGCAACGAUGGUAAAUCGAUGAACUGGUAUCAUUUCGACAAUGACCAUCAAGGUUUGAGCUAUUCCCGAAUGAUGAUUCGUCCUGUGUAAAUCGAUAUCGAUCAAAAUGAUUAAAUAAAAAUGCAUAAAUAUGAAGUCAAGCUCUUCAUUGGCGCACCGUGUUUUCUUUGGCGAAAAAGCGUUGCA